AAUCGGUCGGUUGGUCGGUCAGUUCGCUUCGCUUCUCGCUGCACUGUGGUCCGGGUCCGUCUUCCUAUCGGCACGAUCUUCGGUGAGGACGCUCCGGGUGGUGAGGAGUCAGUCAUUAUCGCGAGUGUGUCCCCGUGAGCAUGGAUCCGAACGGUCGCCGUGAGCCGUCGUCGCCGCCGCCGCCGCCCCGUUUUUUGUCGUGACUCUUCCGGGACCGGGCGCGUUAAUUGGUGUUUAUGCUGGCCAAAGCAAACGGACCACCGCAGGAACAGGACCCCUCGCUGCACCGAUGCAGUUGCGAGCGGAGCGGUUUGCUCUUCAGCCAGUGCACUUCAGUCGUACGGUGCAGUGAUAGUGAUUAGAAGUAGAUCUUGAAUCGGGUCAAAAAAUGGAACCCUCGGCCAUCUCGCUGGUGGCACUGCUCACGGUAACGAUCGGGCCCGGGGCGUGGGGCUACAGAAUCCAUCACCUGGAGCCGGAACCGCGGCACCAUCUGCAGCAGGACCUGAUGGAUUUCAUCGAUCUCGUGCCGUUCGAGGACGUGCAGCAGCUGAUGCAGUACUACUACCACUACGACAUCGAGGUGGAGAACGCCAUCGACUACGUGUCGACCGAAGACUACACCCAGAUCCGGCUGGACAUCGUGAACCUCAGCGAGGUGCGCAGCUUCCGCCGGUACCUGGACAGUAUCGGGUUCAGCGUGGAGAAGGUUUGGGCCGAACUGAACCAGCGCUUCGACGCGGACGACAUCUUCGUCGAACCGGACGAAUCACUCCGAACGUUAAAUCUCACCACCAGGGGAUUGAACGGAUUAGUCGAUGACAUAUUGGCACUGCUGCCCCAGGACGAAAUAAUCCUGCUUUUCUUCGACAAGCUCGAAACGAGCGACGACUUCUCCCACUUUUUCGAGCAGAUCGGGAGCGGCGAGUUCGAGAACGUGCUCAACACGCUGCAGUCUUCACAGCAGCUGCGGAUACUACUCUGGCGCCUGCAACAGCACGGAUUCGACAUCCCCGGCUGGGUGCAGCUGGUCCAGAAGUAUUUCAGUUUCAGUAGUUUCUGAAGCACGUCAGCAACAACAACACUGCCUAAGUUAUGAUCGUCGAUUUAGCGAGCGAGCUAA